AUAAACCCCUUUUUCCUAGUGGCUUGGCGGUCCAGCCUUGUGGGCCCCAGGCGACGUCAGUGCCCCGCGUUUUCACUUUACGCGACACGCUGACUUUCGAUGGCAGUUCAGUUGAUUCCCAACCGCCAGAGCUCUCGAAUUGCGACUAAAAUCAUACAACAAACCAAAAUACGACAUGAAGAGGUGACACUAUAUACCACAGUACUUUCCGAAUCCCACGAUACCCACCAGCAUCUCCCGCCCCCCAUAAACUAUUCACAAUGGCUCUCCCUCUACCAUUAGGCCUUACCCAUUCUGAGGUCGCCUUCGUCGCCGAAAUGGAGCUCGUCACAGUGGUUCCUAGGCAACGAUUAGAAAGCAUCGAUCUGCUGUCGGGCAAAACCCCCCCCCUCCGCCCACCCCACCGAGCCGACCUCCCCCUCUGGCUAGCUCUCCUCCUCAAAAAGCAGCGCCGCGCCAACAUCGUCCCCCCACCAUGGUUGUACCCCGCCUCCCUAGCCGACAUUGUCCACCGCGAGACAAAAGUGCACCCUCACGCUUUCUCGGAGCCAAUGCCUACCGCUUCACGAGCGAGACAGUCACAACCUGGUUAUGCGGGGAGGAUAGGUGGGGGUGACAGCAGCGAAGUAAUAUUGAGCCCGCCGUUUCGGAGUAAUUGUACCAGCGCCGCGCCGGCGGGGUAUUUGCCGUACCACUGGUUGGAGGUUGCCGAGGCGCUUAUAACGUACGCGAGCGAUGAUUUGGGGGGGAAUACCAGUGAGAUUAGGGGGUUGUUACGGGAUUUGGUGGAGGUCAGGGCGGCGAAGAUGAGAGAUUCGGCGGAGACGCUGGGGGCGGAAGGACAAGGGGGUGUGGUUAGUUUGCGUGGCGUGGGAGCGAUGGAGUUGGCAGAGAAUAGGGGGUUUGUCUUGGGGGUUGUGGAUGGGGUGAGGAAGAUUGGUGGUGCGGUCGAGACGGCGAGACGAGAAAAAGAGGAAGAAAUGGAUCUGGGUGGGGGAGAUGGGGGCAGGGGUGGUUAUGGUGGGGAUGGGGAUAGUGAUGAUGAUAUGGGGAUCUAAAUACCCGAAUGGAAGGCAUGAGUUGCGCGAGGGAUGGUCUAUUCCUGUUCAUGUCUACAGUUUAACACCCUAUCGUGUCAAAAAGCCCAAGCAUCCAGCCACCGACUCAUCAUCUCCCCGGUCACAGCUGCCAUCUUCCCCAUCGUCUGGCUCGUCUUUUUCGCCUUGUCUGUCUGAAAGAUGACCGGACCCUGUCUCUCGUCUCUCCACCCCUCAAAGAACUCCUUCAGCUUCAAGGCCGGGUACCGUUCUGCGUCGUUCUUUUCCCCCAAAGCAUCCAACCACUCUGCUACCCCCACCACCUUUAGCUUCCCCCUCUCAGUCUUGCCUGCAUACUCCUGCACGGCGCCAACCAUCGUCCCCUCCCAAUCAGCACAGGAGGGGUUGACAACAUUGUAACACUCCCUCCCCUUCCCACUGCCCCCCAACCCCAGCUCCACAAUUGCCUCAGCAGCAAGAUCAACGGGUAUCCAAUCCACUGCUUUUUGGUUCCCCCCCAAGGUGGACGGGAUCAUGCCCAUGUUGAGGGAUGUCUGCACCAAGCUAGGAACCCACUCGUGUUUAUUCCACUGUCUCCCUACACCAUCUGCCCUCCCAGCAAGCUGCCCUACCCUCAGAAUUGUGCUCGGGAUGGGGGAGUUGGCCAGGACACAGGAGGCGAGGUGUUUGGACUCGGCGUACCCUGUUGACAAGGGGAGGUUGUGGUCUUGGGUGAAGUUUUCCGGGACAGGUGAGGUCCCCGCCAUGGCGGUGGCGAUGGAGGAGAUGAAGACGAAUUUUGCUGGGUUGAGGGCCAUGAGAUUGGCUGUGCCGGAGAUGGAAGGGAGGAAGGAGUCGAGGGGGAGGUUGAAGUUAACGGGCCAGGCGGAGUGUAUUAGCAGUUGGGGUUGCAUGAGGGUGUUGUAGGUUUUGGAUGAGAGGCCGAGGGUAGGGUGGAGGAGGUCGGUUUGGAGGUAUGUAACUUGGGAGGUGUUGGGUGAGAUGGGUUUGGAGCGGUUGAGGCAGUAGAUAUGGGUUAUGGUUGGGUUGGCCAGGAAGGAGGAGAGGAGGGAGGAGCCGAGGGUGCCGGUUGUGCCGGUGAGGAUGACUUUGAAGCCUUUGGGUUCGGUGUGGGAAGGACGGGGGAGGCGGAGGGAGGGAGUGUAUUCUUUGAUGAGCGCGUCGAAUUUGUCUGCUCUUGACGUGUUGGUGGUGGCGGUGCCUGGGGCAGAGCAGAGAGCGCGGUGAAGUUGGCUGAUGCUGGGGUUCUCGUAGACCAGACGGAGCGAGAAUUUGCCUUGCAGGCUGGAUUGGACGGUGCUUUUGAGGGUGAGGAUGAGCUGAAGGACUUGAAGGGAGUCGAAGCCAAGGGCGAACAGGUUAGUGUCGUCUGUAACGUCUCCGCGUCGCUUGAUCACGCUGUUGACCGCAUCCCGAAUUUGAGCCAAGAUCAUGGUCUCGUCCAACACACCCUCAGCUGUAACCCCAUUGAUAACCAUCGCACUGGCAUACAUUUCUUCAAUCUCGGCCUGAUAAGCCACAUACGUAUUCCUCCUCAUCACCGUCCGCUUCGGCGUCCUCUCAAACGGCUUGUCUUGUCGCGCGACCCUCACCAUCGACUUCCACACCCUCGCAUGAGCCGGGUACUGCUCAUUCGCCUCCUCAACCCUCUCCCAAAUCCUCUCAACCACCUCCUUCACCCCCAAACUCACAUCAUGAACCUCCACAAUCAGUCCCGUCUGGAACCGCCCACUCCCCACCAUCACCGCACCUUUCACCAUCGAAUGCCCCUCCACUAUCUUCUCAAACGUCACCGGAUUCAGCUUCUCCCCAUUACUCAGCACAAUAACAUCAUCCACCCGUCCCACAUACCUCCACAGAUUUUCUUUCAGCGGAUGGCGCUCAAACAAGUCCUUCGUCCGCCACUCUUCCGAGUCAGGAAAGUUAUAAAACACAAACUGGAACCUCCCCUCCUCCCCUCCCAACCGCUUAAUCACCAACUCGGCAGUAUUCUCGUCUCCACCAACCCCCUCCAUGACAACGCCCGCCGCAGGAUUCCACUCGAAAUACUCCCAAUCCCUGGGGUCCAGCGGUGUAUACCCGGUCGCGUUCCAAAUCUCGGUCGUGCCGAUCCCGUUCACCAGCGUGAUACGAGGGGAGAGUUCCUCCCCAAUGACAUCGCCGCAUGACCUGGCUAGUGGUGCGCCGCCGGAGUAGAUACACUCGAUAUCUGACGCCCUCAGGGUCUCAAUCCCGUGAGGCAAACUGCAGAUAUCUUCCAGAAUAGAAGGGGUGCAAACCAUGCCUGUCGGGCGGGUGGUUUUCACUGCGUGGAGCAUCAGCUCUGCUGUUGGGGGGGUGCUGGGUGGGAGGAGGACGAGAGGGCGGCGGUAGUGGAGGGAUCGAACGAGGAGGUUCAUGCCAAAGGCGUGGAAGAAGGGGGGCAUGGAGAGGAUGAGGGGGGUGGUGUAGAGCGGGUCGUGGGUGUUUAGACGGCCGGCGGGGGUGGGGAGGGUGGCGAGUAGUCUGCCGGCGGUGGUGAGGACGCCGGCUUUGAGGGGGAUGGGCUUGGGGAGGCCGGUGGUGCCGCUUGAGUGGAGGAUCAUGACUGUCUCGUGGUCGGGGGUCGUAUCAUUGCAUUUGCUCUGGUACGGGGUGGGGUUGGUGGUGGUCUCGAGAAGGUGUUCCAGGUCUGGGAUGCGGAGGACGCUGAGAUGGCCGAGCUUUUGACCGAUUUCAGAAGCUUGGUCGGAGAGCUCUUGGCUGUGAAGAAGUUUGGUGCAGCGGGUAGGGGUUAUGAGAGCGCAGUGGCCCUCAACGGAGUUUCUGGGCGAUAAUAGAAGGCUCUGCUAUUUGUUAGAGUUGAUGGCGGUAACCUCACAUGGUGUUACCAACCUUGUGCCCGGUCUUCAACGCCGCCAGGAUGACUAUGGGGUAUCGAAUGUCGUUGAUGCCAGUGUAGGCAAGGGGCUCGUCCCGGCCCAAGCCAGCCGGGCCCAAGUGUUUGUCAAUCCAGUGAGCUAGCUUGUCUACCGCUUGGCCGAGCUGCUGGAAGGUAAAGUUUUGCCAUGUGAUCUCUUCAAUCUUGGUCGGUGAUGAUGGGAUCUUGACCCAGGUAUCGUGAGGGACCUCAGCGGCGAGCUCGUCGACAACAUAUGUGAGAGAGGACAUUGCUAGGUAGAUGGGGAGGUUACAAACGAGACAAGAUAUGAAGUUGUAAAGUGAUGUGAAUUUUCGAUGGAUAUAGCGAUGAAUUCUUGAAGCCGACAGGAUCUACAAUGUUUGUCUCGGUGUGAACGGUCCGGUAACCCAAGACAUGAU